AUGGAGGCAACAAUGUCGGCGUGUAAAUCUCUUAAUUCACCGUCCACCGUUCCCGUCGUCACUGGUUUAUUUACGGCGAGAGGAGGAUUCAACAAGAAUUCGCGUUCUCAGUGUAGUUUCUUAUCGGGAACUAACAAGGUGAAGUUUCCUAGGCAAAUUUCUCGACCUUGUAGACAACGCCGAACACCUCAUUCUGGUGCUCUUCGUGUAACUUGUGGUGUUGAAAAGAUCUUGAUCGCGAAUAGAGGCGAAAUCGCUGUUCGUGUUAUUCGUACUGCUCAUGAAUUAGGGAUUCCUUGUGUUGCUGUUUAUUCCACAAUUGAUAAGGAUGCUCUUCAUGUUAAAUUGGCUGAUGAAGCUGUUUGCAUUGGUGAAGCUCCCAGUAGCCAAUCGUAUUUGCUGAUGUCAAAUGUUUUGGCUGCUGCUACUAGCCGCAAUUGCACAAUGUUGCAUCCUGGAUAUGGUUUCCUUGCUGAGAAUGCUGGGUUUGUUGACAUGUGCACAGCACAUGGAUUAAAUUUUAUUGGGCCUAAAUCUGACAGUAUUCGGGUUAUGGGUGACAAAGCAACUGCAAGAGAAACAAUGAAGAAAGCAAAUGUUCCUACUGUUCCAGGAAGUGAUGGGCUUUUGCAGAGCACUGAAGAAGCUAUCAGGCUGGCAAACGAAAUUGGUUUCCCUGUGAUGAUCAAGGCAACCGCAGGUGGUGGAGGACGAGGUAUGCGUCUUGCUAAUGUACCUGAGGAGUUUGUGAAGUUAUUACAGCAAGCUAAGAGUGAGGCAGCUGCUGCAUUUGGAAAUGAUGGGGUUUAUUUGGAGAAGUACGUUCAAAAUCCAAGGCACAUUGAGUUCCAGGUUCUUGCUGAUAAAUAUAAUAAUGUUGUUCACUUUGGAGAGCGUGAUUGCAGUAUCCAGAGACGUAAUCAAAAACUGCUUGAAGAAGCGCCAUCUCCCGCAUUGACCCCAGAGUUACGGAAGGCAAUGGGAGAUGCAGCAGUUAAAGCUGCCGAAUCUAUUGGGUACAUAGGUGUUGGAACGGUUGAGUUCCUUUUGGAUGAAAGGGGUUCUUUUUACUUCAUGGAGAUGAACACUCGUAUCCAGGUUGAACAUCCCGUGACAGAAAUGAUUUCCUCCGUUGAUUUGAUAGAAGAGCAAAUUCGUGUAGCUCUGGGCGAAAGGCUUCGAUACAAACAGGAGGAUAUUGUGCUCAGAGGACAUUCUAUUGAGUGCCGUAUCAACGCAGAAGAUGCUUUUAAGGGAUUUAGACCAGGGCCAGGUAGAAUUACAGCAUACUUGCCGUCUGGAGGUCCAUUUGUCAGAAUGGAUAGCCAUCUUUAUCCUGAUUAUGUCGUUCCUCCAAGUUAUGAUUCCCUUCUUGGAAAGCUGAUUGUAUGGGCUCCGACUAGAGAAAAAGCAAUUGAUCGUAUGAAAAGGGCACUCGAUGACACUAUUAUCACAGGAGUUCCUACAACUAUCGAUUAUCAUAAACUUAUCCUUGACAUAGAGGAUUUCAAAAAUGGCAAGGUUGAUACUGCUUUUAUUCCAAAACACGAGGAGGAGUUGGCUGUGCCCCCACAGGCAAAGAUGGCAUUAGUUAACAAGGUGACAAAUCUUAACAAUGCGACCGAACCAGCUGCCUUGACUGCCUGA